CAAACAGAUAAGAAGAAACAAGUGAAAGCAAACCACCUCCCUGUUAGUUAAAAACCAUGUUCCUGUUCGUCACGAGAUCUAACAUAAAGAGGAAGCAGGACUGGAAUAGAACUUCAUAUUAAGUCGCCCCGGUCCUCAUUUGUGUUAGAGUCAUCAUGAAGAUAGCACUGACACUCCUGGUUGCUCUCUCCCUCCUUCAGAUCUGCUCUUCAGCCCCACUGAGCCGACCGACCAACUGGCUCAGAGAAUGCAGAGCAUCCACCAACCUCUCAAUCACUGCACUGGAAGUGCUGCCAGGUGGAGGCUGGGACAAUCUCCGGAACGUGGACGUGGGUCGAGUCAUGAACCUCAGCUACUCGCAAUGCCAAACUACAGAGGAUGGCCUCUACCUCAUUCCAGAUGAGGUGUUUGUCAUCCCUCAGAAGGAGACAGGAGUGGAGACCAACUCAGAGAUCAUUGACUCGUGGCUGGAGCAGAAAAGCACCACAUCGAACUCCAUAAACGCUGAUAUUUCCUUCUUCUCAGUGCUGAACGGCAAAUUUUCUAUUGAGAACACGAGGAUGAAAACRCAUCAGAUCAAAGACUCUUCAAAAACAGCAAGAGUCCAGGUCCGUAACUUCCUCUACACAGUUAAGGCAUACCCAGACUUCACCCUGGAUUCACGCUUUGCUCAGCAAGCCAAAGACAUAGCUGACGCUAUCGAAAACAACCAAACGAGGAAUGCUGAGUAUCUGUCAGAGAAGAUGGUGCUGGAUUAUGGAACUCAUGUCAUCACCAGUGUGGAUGCCGGGGCUUCCUUGGUGCAGGAAGACUACCUCCGUUCUUCAUAUGUGUCAGACAGUGAGUCAGACACUUCAACCGUUAAGGCACAGGCUGGGUUAAACUUUUUUGACAAACUCAAAUUUGACAUAAGCAGCCAGAAUACCCAGCAGAGCUCAACACUUCAAACUUAUCAGUCCAACAUUCAGUACUCCCUGAUUAAAAGUCAUGGUGGCAUACCCUUUUAUCCUGGCAUCACUUUACAGAAGUGGCAGGAAAGUACCAGAAAUAACCUGGUUGCUAUUGAUCGUUCAGGAUUUCCUCUCCACUACUUUAUAAACAAAAACACGAUCCCUGAUUUGCCAGAACCUACAGUUGGCAAAGUGUCUCUUAGUGUGAAUAAGGCUAUAGAUAGGUACUACAAGAUCAACACUCGUCCUGGGUGUGUUGAUGUCAGUUCAAAGAACUUCAACUUUCAGGCUAAUAUUGAUGACAAUUCCUGUGAGGGACCAGCCACAAACCUGAGUUUUGGGGGAGUCUACCAAACAUGUGACAAACUUAGCCAAGAUGCUGAUCCACUUUGUGAUAAACUGGCCCAGAAAAACAUAGACACUGGAGAGUUUACCUGUCGUGCACCUUACUUCCCAACUUUACUGAGGUCAGAAGUGAGACAGGAGAGUUACUCAAAACAUGAAUGCUACAGUGAAAGUUAUGGAUGUGGAUUCUUGUGGUUGAAAACUUGUCACAGAUCUCACUGCCAGGAUGUGUACCACGUUCGUUCUGCUCGUGUCAACACCUACUGGUGCUCUGUGGAUGGAAAAGCUCCUGAUAACUCAGGCUAUUUGUUUGGUGGUAUCUACAGCCCCUCUCUCCUGAACCCCAUCACCAAAGCCAAAAGCUGCCCAGCAGAAUUUAUUCCACUGAAGUUUUUCUCAGACGGACAAAUGAUCUGUGUGAGUAAAGACUACGAGAUUGGCACCAAAGGCUCAGUGCCAUUUGGAGGCCUCUUCAGCUGUGAGUCAGGCAACCCACUGGCUAAGAACCAACACAGGUGCCCCCCUAAGUUCAGUCAGCAUCUCGCUACAGUCAGUGAUGGCUGUGAAAUUCUUUACUGUGUCCAGUCUGGAUUGUUCACAGGGGGUGAGCUUCUUCCUGUCCAUCUUCCUCCAUUUAUCAAUUCACCUCUUGUCAGCAUGCAAGCCACCAACACAGUGAUGGUGAUGACUGAAGGGGAAACCAGCUGGGUCAGAGUGGGUCAGACUAAAGCAUGGAAGCUUGCCAAACCGGAAGAAAUAAAACAGUUUGUUCUUAAGCUCAACCCAGAAUUGAAUCGAAUGUCGAGUGGAGAAAAAGCAGGGGUAGCAUUUGGAGUGAUCGGUUUGAUGGCACUGAUCGUCAUAAUGGUGGUCCUGGUUAAGAAGAGGAGGAGAGUGUCUCGAUUCAGGCCACYUGGCUAUGAGGAAAUCAGUGAGACAGCUGAGAGAGAAACACAGCAGGAUGAAGCAUAAAAGCAGGGUUUGCACGCAUCACCUUCAAACCAAAUCUGAGGGGCUUACCCUUCAAAAAUAAAAUCUCAGCGGGGUUACUGUUUUUCUUUAUUGUUGAUUACAUAACUUUUGAAUCUUAAGACCUUUUUAUGUUUUUGCUUACAUUUUUACAAAUUGUAAGACUUGUGUUGUGAAUGAAUACAUUCUUUUUUAUAUAAAAAACUUUAUGUCAUGUUUUUACAGGCGUAACAUCAUACGUUUUCUCGGGUGGGGUUAUGUGCAGUUUUCCUUUGAAAACACCACAGUUUUUGCAAUAGAGUUGAUUUACCAAAAUCCAGAUGAACACUGCUGUCCUCAUGUGGAUCAAAUGAACAUUGCAACGUACUGUAAACUUUGCAAGCUUUGCACAAUUCAGUAUAAACUUACAUUGCAUAAAAAACUUUAGUGAACAGCUGAUUAGCAGUUUACUUCUACACAGAACAUAUGCUUCUUUUUUUUUUUUACUUUUAUGUAUCAUGCAAUAGAGAAAAAUAAUCCAAACUAUGUUUUUGUAUUUCUAAAAAUAAAAAGAAAUACAAAAUAAGUCUGA